AUGGCAAAGGCCCCAGGAAUCAAACAUACUGAGAUAGUAGAACUGAGCAGAUUUUCCAGCAAAGUUAGCUCAAUGAAUCCACACUGUAUCUGCAUAUUGCUGAAAAAUGACCUUGAAAUUUCAUUAAUAAAUCCAAAAGUUUACACAAAUUAUGGGAAAUUGUUUGGCGCUCCACAAAAUGCAAUUGAGCCAGGUGAAUUUGCAUGCCUUGGAUUUUACAGAACAAAUUACCUUCUAUUUGGACCAGAGGGAAUUGUAUCCUAUGACCUGAAAGAUUUAGGAACAACAUUUUGCAUAUAUUUUGACAAUCCAUAUUUUGGUUAUAACAAAUUUACAAUGUAUUGGAUGAACGAGGGAAAGAAUGUGGAUCAAGAUCUCUGUCGAACUCUUUCGUCGGAUAAAGGAAUUUAUUUGGUAUGUGUAUGGCAACAUGACCUGGCAUGAUAUGAAAUCCAACACAAGCAAUGCUAACGUUAUCGCUUCCGGUUUCAUCGGAGAAGGAUGGACUGCCGGAUUGCAGGUGAUAGUAAAAAAUACAUGAACUCUGCUUACAACAAAAUUGCCGGAAUAUUGGAACAUGAUGAAGUUGCUUCUAAAUAUGAUUGUGAUUACUUCUUAUCUCUCAUAUUUUGUUCCUAUUAUACGCUUACCACUUGCAAUUCUCUUUUACAAUAUUUCAUCUAUCUUUGCUUUGUGACAAAAUUCUACACAUCAAAAUGAAUGUUAGACAAUUUUAUAACAAUAUCAUUUUUCACCUUGGCCAAAAUAAUGAAUUUUGGCUAUUUAAAUUGCUUAUAAACUUUGUUAAAUAUUCAAUUAAAUUUUAAACGUGUAGUUCAAAAGAAUACCUUAUGAAAACAUUUUUUUUUCAAAUUAAUAUUUAUGU